AUGGCUUCAUCAGAGGAGUUCAAGAUCACAAAGCUCAAUCGCAAUGACUUCGACGAAUGGUCCGCCCUGUUCAGGGGGUACAUCGACUUUUAUGAGACCUCCAUCCCGGAAGAUCAGUACGAAAAGACCUUUGAGCGAAUCUUGGACGCCGAAUCCGACUUGUACGGCUUGGUGAUGAGACAGCAGAACGCGGGAGAAUCGACGGAUGGAAAGAUGAUUGCGAUUGCGCAUUUCUUCCCUCAGCAGACUCCGUGGAGCGAGAAGAAGAUCAUGCUUUUGAAUGAUCUCUUUGUUGACCCAUCGCUGAGAGGAAAGGGUCAGGGUCGCAAGAUGAUUCAGGCAGUCGCAGAUGCUUCCAAGGAGAUGGGAUGCUUCCGUCUUCAGUGGAUGACGAAACAUGAUAACGUUGCUGCACGUCGGCUCUAUGAUACGAUGGCUGAGGCUGCAUUUGUUCAGUAUCGAAUGGGUCUAGAUUAA